UACUUGUUGCGCAGCUGCUCUUUUUAGCAUCUUUUGUUUUUUUGCUGAUUCUGCAGUCAAAAGUCUUUUUUUUUUGAAACUUAGAUAUCCUCCUUUCUUUUUUAUUUAAAUAGAGAACAACUUUUAAAGACCAUCAAAAUCUUCAUUAUCAUGAAACUAGAACAUAGUAUGGAACAGUCAACUAUUGGAAGUUCAAGAAGGAGAGAUGAUGGAGACUUCAACUUAAGAGAAUGGACUCUUAAGGCCAAAUUUAGCAGAGAAAAUACCAAUUCAAGAAGAUUUUCAGCUUCUUAUAUUAGAAGUUUCAGAGAAGAUGCUAAGUCUUUUAGAUCAAACAUAUCUAUUUCAAGUACUGCUUCUUCCCCUGGCUACACCUUAAGAGAAGAAAUUGACCCUUCAACUUAUUCUUUUACCACAGCCCUUAAAGCAUUGAAGGCAAAAACAGUAAAUAGUUGGGAAUACAUGUCACCAGAUGGAUUGGCUCUAAAUUCCAAGUGGAAUGAAGCUGAGAAAUAUAUCUGUAAUCCAUUAUCAGGAGAAGUUCCAUUGGAAUGUCUAUCAGCAAAAACACUAAGUGGGAGAUCAUUUCGCCAAUUAACCAGCAAAAUCACCAUGUCUGCCUCUUUGAUUUAUCCUUCUCAAUUUCAGACUCGACAAUUCCAAACAAAACCUCCUAUAAAAGUAGUACCUCAUUUGUCUACACAUGAAAUUGAAGUACAAAUUCCAAGCAAAGAGAAGAAGAGUAGCAUUACUAGAGAUGUGGGAAUACAGAGCAGUAGUCCAGGUUACAUGAGUUCAAAGAGUCCAAGUCCUGCUCGUACUCCAUCCAUUGAGGAAAGAUCUACAAAACGCUGUCAAGCAGAUGCUGAUGAUUCACCUAUGACUACUCCUGAAUUAAAAUCUGAGAAAGUACUGGUGGAAGUGAAAGAAACAAGACGAGAAGAAGACACAAAAAGAAAUGGGGAGCAGGUGGAAGAGAUGAGAAAUACAAGUAAUAAUAAUUACAAAGGGAAGCAGAGCAGUAAGAGCAGGUACAGGGAAAUUGGUGCAGGGUGCUUGCCAUGGAGGAGUUUAUGUAUGAGAGAGAAAAAGCAUAAUAGUACUAGCUGUAAAUCAAUAAGGAAGAACAACAUUUUUCUUUGCCAUAUAAAUGGAUGUUAAAUGGAACAAUGUUAUGUCCUUGCUUUUGGAUAGAAAGAUUCUUUCUUUCCCUUUGAUCAGUAUAACUUUGUCUCUUCUCUCUUUC